AGAACCUCACGUUUCCUCCAUGCUCAAUAUCCUACCAAGAACCAUUCUAAUUGCUUGUCAAAACUUGACCUCCAUGGAUGAGGAAGACCCCUCUUCUACCAUAUUACUCCAUGAAGAACAGGAAGAGCAAGAGGAAGAGGAGGAGGAGGAGGAUACGCCAACUAGUGACUGGCUGAAAUUGGCACUCCCAACAUCGUCGGACCGACGACCUAAUUUAUUAACAGAGCCACCACCGGUGAUACAGCCGUGCAUGCUACGGUCAGAGACACCGGAGUUUUUGAUGAGAGCGGCAGCUUCAGCACCACCGGAUGUGAGAAUGAGGGUGGUGAGUCCACCAAGAAGAUCACAACCUGGUGUUUGGCUCAUACUUCAAGCUGCUCAAAAUCAAUCAGGUAGAGAACCCUAUUUGCCCCAGAUAGCCAAGAACUAUUUGAGGAUAAAGGAUGGGAGAUCAACACUCAGAUUGCUUAUGAAGUACUUGGUGAAGAAACUAGGAUUGGAGGAUGAAUCAGAGAAAGAAAGAUAGAGCAUGCAUACAUCAGAGAAUAAUUAACAAAGUAAGUGAAAGAAAAUAAAGCUGCAGAUACAUUUUGCCUCUUAUUAGUUGUCUUUUUAUAUAUAUUUUUUUCGAUGAUAAUUUGUGCACAAUUGUUCAUACGUUGUUACUGGGAUAUGGAGUUACUUGAGUUUAGUUGAGUCGAUGUUGGUAUUUUGGUGGCACAUCAUUUCUCACUGAUAUAGAAAGAAUCAUGAUAGAGAAUGCAUGCAUGUCACGUUUAUCUCUCUCUUUGGAACAUAUACAUGCCAUCCAAUGUUCUUUCAAUGAGAUUGUCACUAGUUCUUCAUUGUGAUUAAUUAUCCUUGUGUUCUUGCAUCGAGUUUCAUUGUCAUACAACCAAUGAAACAUGAUACUUCAAGUGCAGGGCAUGCAUUAUGUUCUUAGCUUUUGUUGGUGGAUGCAUCUCUAUCAGUGGUUGAACCCUGUCCAAUAAGUUGACAUCAGUUGCCCUAUACAUCAACUGGUAGCCAAAUUAUAAUUAUUGUUCUUCUAGCUCAUUGUUAAUUGAUGCUAGCUGAUGAUGAAUGAAAGCAGGAAUACAUAAUCACACAAGCUAACUAGGUGCUAAUUAACAAACCUGCAGUACACUGUCAUGCUCUUAGCUUGCUGGUCUCACGUUAACUGCAUGCAAUUAUUAAUCAGACCCUACCUCACAUUAAUUAAUUAUAAGUUCAGAAUUGUAGAUAUUAAAAACCCUACACAUUAAGGACCACUUUUCGACUCUCACAUUGGGUGAUGGAGAAUCCUCACCAAUUGGCUUUAGCAUUAAUUUGUUUGCUUCUUUAUUUUUCUGAUUGAAGAAGAGAAUUAAGGGAGGAGGUUGGUUACCUAUACCUAUCAAUAGCGAAGUAACCAUGCAUCAUCUGAACCUUUUCUCAGUUUCACUGCGUUAUGAGCAAGCAAUCUAAUUGGUGAGACGACUCGAUCGAUAUGUACGUACAUAAUCAUGUAUAUCCAAGUACUGAACUCUCAUGUACUGGUAUCAGGUAGAGAUCACAUGUAGAGAUCAACAGCUUCAUCCCUUGUCGACAUUGCAGUAUGUUCGGAAUACCAUUUGGUGCUCAGGCAAUUCAAUGAUCAUGACUCCUAACUCACCAGCAAUCGAUCACGUCAUGACAUUACAGUACAGGAGAAGCAAGCAUGCAUCCGUCUCUGGACCACUCUCGUGUAGCAUUCCGCUGAUGUUUUUAUGAGGCUUGUUCAGAUCUGUCUCCAUCCAGCUGCCAAAGAGAAAUUACAGCACAAGAAGAUUUUUUCUACUUCAAUCCAAUGUCGGAACAAAUUCUUUACUUCAUUCUUUACUUUGCUUGACUUCUUAAUUUACCCAUAAAUCUAUGAAUGUUGUUCCCGUAUGAGAUCGUCUAUGGGUGAGCCAUCGGUGAACUGUCUUCUAUGUUGACGAAGUCGCCAAACUUCAAAGAAGGAGGGGGGGAGAGAGCCGGAUCAAAUUGAGUGUUUGUGAGGCUAAGAGGGAAACGGAGAGUUAGAACGGAGGCUGGAGUGUCCCGAAUCAUCCAACGCUUAAGUCAAUUUUCCACGGGG